AUGUCUUCCGAUGAGAGUAAGGUUUCUGCAGCGAGGGCUUUUACCCUUGGAGCUUGUGAUUAUUGGGUUAAGCCUUUGAAUGAGCUAAUGUUCCAGACUGUGUGGACACAUGUUUAUAGGAAGAACUUCAAUGAAAAGAUGAAGCAAAAAGAUGUUGCCAGCUUGAAAGAUGAUAAUGAGAAAAGAGGGAUGAAUGAUGAUACUGAAGUUGCUUCGUCUUCUAUUGUUGAAGCUGAGGAUGUUGAUCAAUCAAAGAAUAAUAAUACAACCAAGAACAAGAAGGACCGAGUGGUAUGGUCAACAGAACUGCAUAGUGCAUUUUUGGACGCUAUCAAUAAACUUGGACAUGCUAAUGCUGUGCCAAAGAAAAUUCUUCAACUCAUGAAUAUCCCUGGUUUGGAAAGAUAUCAUGUUGCUAGCCAUUUGCAGAAAUACAGAAAAUUAUUGAAGCCUAAACCUGAUAGAGUGACAAAGAGAAAGCAACAGAAUGCGAUGUCAUUGGUUGCAGUGAAUAGUUCAGGAAAUACAGAACCACCUAGGAUGUGUGCAUGUGGAAGAACUCAGUUGCAUCCUUUGCCUGCUACUGUAUUGUCAGAUUUUCAUCCUGGUGUCACUGUUAAUACUGUUCCAAGAGGAGAGGAACAAUCUGAUCCAAAUAGACAAUUGGCUAAUCAUUUUCAUGCUGAGCAAGCUCUGGCACAUGAUCAUCCUCUUCCAACCUUACCUAACAGUUCCAUUCAUCAGAUUUUUCAACCUCAAAAUGAUGCGUUCAGACAUAGAUAUAAAUUAUGGUCUCCAUCACCGUUUGUUAGAAAUCGGGCCAUGGUUCGGAGAGACAACAUGCGGCACCUGAGGAUGCAUCAUCAUAGCAUUUGUCCGGUUAAGUUUCAGUCAUCUCCCAUGUCGAUUUCUGAAAAUCCUUUCAGCCAGAAUUACAGCUUUGGCAUGAGUACUGCCCAUGGUUUAAUAUCAUCUCAAUCCGUUCGGAAUUCGGUGGGUGGUGUUGAAAUCCGAGGUGAAAACAACACAGGUGAAGCCAUUCAGAAUCAAUAUACUACUAGAACUUCCAUCUUCCCAAAGCUUCACGAGGAAGGUUCGUCAAGUGGUGCUGUGAGAUCUUAUGACGCAUCAGUGUUUGAUCCACAAGUUCCCAAUGCUAAAAGACAUCACGAGGCCUGA